AUGCGCUCCUCGAGGAUCUCAAAGGAUACGUCCAAGCUCUUUGACCGCGUCGCAGGCCCAGCAUCCCCGCCCCGGCGCACCACCCGAUCCCUGGCCCGCUUCGCCCUCGCCGCAACAGAGCCAGUGAGCAAGCUUGGCACGCGGCCCCCCGACAUCGAGGAUGGCAUCGGUCCUCCGGCCAAGCGGCGCCGGCGGGCUCUCGACGACUCGGCCGUCAAGUCGGAAGCCGUCGAAGCCGCCCUCGUCGCCGUGUCUGCGCCGCCCCCACCCUCCAAGACCAAGGGCCGGGCGCGCAAGCCGGCGCGCAAGACGACCGACCCCGAUACCGGAGCGGCGACAGUGACGCCCCCGUCUGACUGGGAAGCCAUGUACAGGGCCGUCGAGCGGAUGCGAGCCCCCGGGGGCUUGGCUCACGGGGCGGCCGUGGACACCAUGGGCUGCGAGCGGCUAGCGGACAAGCAAGCGUCGCCCAGGGAGCAGCGGUUCCACACGCUCGUGGCGCUCAUGCUCUCGAGCCAGACAAAGGACACGGUCAAUGCAGUGGCCAUGCACAAGCUCAAGACGGAGCUGCCUGCGCACGAGCCUGGCGCGCCCGUGGGUCUGAACCUCGACAACAUGUUGGCCGUCGAUCCUAAACUGCUGAACCAGCUCAUCUGGGCGGUUGGCUUUCACAACAACAAGACCAAAUUUCUCAAGCAGGCGGCCGUCAUACUGCGCGACAAGUGGGACGGCGACAUUCCGGACAGCAUCGAGGGCCUCACGUCGUUGCCCGGGGUCGGGCCCAAGAUGGCCUACCUGUGCAUGUCGGCAGCCUGGGACGUUACCCUGGGCAUCGGCGUCGACGUGCAUGUGCACCGAAUCACGAACCUAUGGGGGUGGCACAAGACCAAGACGCCCGAGGAGACGCGGCUGGCCCUGGAAUCGUGGCUGCCCCGGGACAGGUGGCGAGAAAUCAAUUGGCUGCUGGUGGGCUUUGGCCAGGAAAUCUGCCGGCCCGUCGGGCGGCGCUGCGGCGACUGCGAUCUCGGCCUCGAGGGGCUCUGCAAGGCUGCCGAGCGCAAAAAGGUGGUCGCAGGUCGCACGAUGAAGACGCAGGUCGAGGCCAAGGUCGAGGGUGGCGGGGGCGUCGAGGUGCAGACGACCGAGACGGUGGUCAAGGAGGACGUGGUCAACCAGAUAGACGCAGUGCUCAAGACGAGCCCGUGA